UAACAUAUUCUCCUACGAGCAUGAUUCAAAUAAAAGGUACCCCAAUCGCAAAGCAGGCCUCGAAGUAGGCCUUUAAUUGGACGUUACAGGAACCCCACCCGUUCGUCAUAAACAGUCGGGCUUUGGAAGGAAGCACAUCUCGAAAAAAAAAUAAAAAAUAAAUCCGUAAAAUCGUUGUGAAAAAAGUAAAAAUGUCUGAUGUGAAAAUAAAAUUCGAUUGGGGCGACGCCAGUGUGGAUCAGCCCAUGCCACAGGCCUUCAAGGAGAAGGAGGUGGCCAAGGCCGGCUGCCACACCCCCCGGGUCUACCGCUUCAAGGACAUCUACGAGGGCAAGAGGAAGCAGCAGCUGAGCAAGUGCCUCGAGGCGGAGCGCAAGCAGCGCGAGUUCCACAGCCGUCCAGUGCCCAACUUUCCCCAGAUCCACGAGCGCCAGGCGGCCAAGCCCGUCGUCCACCGUGUCACCCAGCCGGUCACCCCCAACGUGCUCAAGAACUCUGCUCCGGCAGAGAUGAGGCGCCGCCAGCGGCUGGAGGAGCAGCGCCUCCGUAAGGAGCGUGAGGACUACCAGAAGCACCGCCAGUUGACCACGUUCCGGGCUAGUCCCAGCCCGUUCAGCACUACGCCACGUUAGUGGGGAGUGGCCUUCCUUUUUCCCGUCAUCCCUUUGCCCCUUUUUCAAUUUUGUUUUGUUUCUUUGUUUUUAAAUUGUUGUUCAAAUUUGUUUUGUUGUUCGAAGAAAUUAAAUUACUAUAAUCAGCACAGACGUA